UUAAGUUAGCACUCUCCCAGCACAAACACUACAACAUAUUAUAAACAUUUUCGUCGGAAUGCUAAAGAUUGAUUGCUCAUCAAUGGCUUUACCUAACUGGAAAUAUAUUUUAUUACUGAAUAUUAUGCUUUGGUAUGAGCAUACAAGAGCAAAUUCACAUCAGUCUAGCUCUCAGUCGACGGAUAACGUUUUGCCCACUGUCCACCAAGAUAAAGGUUAUUUACUAUCAGGUCAAAGAUGUGGAACAUCAUAUAGUAAUCUGACAGAAAAACGAUUUGCAAGAUUACUUGAUGCUAGCGGUAAACAAGGCAGCGGUAUUUACGGUGGGAACACCUUGUGGUAUGGAUCAUACAGCGAAUGCUCGAAAUUAUCACACUCUCAAUAUUGUUGGACGCUUUUUCCUGGAGCCAUAUCGUUGGUUAAGAAUAACACAGAUAUUCUUCGUUUUGAAUGGGGCGUGUGUAUUCCUGAUAGUUGUACUGCACAAGAUGUGUCUGAAAACCUGGGUUUUUUCCUGAACAAAUAUAAAAUUUUGGAUAUUGUUCAACCUUUGGCAAAACCAUUUAUCGUGCAAUGUGCAAAAGAUCCGGAGUACACUUCAUCAGUUGUGAUAACAAUCGUAUUUUGUUGUAUUUUAAUUGGUUUGUGUCUCCUUGCGACCAUUGUUGAUAUUCUCCGUCAUUUAAAUGGUCCCCGUGAAUCUACGGAAAUAAUUGGCGAUGGCGAUAUUUCUUUGGACAAAAAUGAUCAUGAGGACGAAAAGGUUUUCGAAAACGAACGAAAACCAUUACUACCGAAUGGAUCUGGUCAAGAAACAGUAAUUAAGGAUAAAACAGGAGGUAUUAUCCUGUCCGUUCUCGAUUGUUUUUCAUGUCAACGAAAUAUUAAAUUCAUCAUGAAUACAGAUGUUGGGAAAAGUGAUUUAACGUACCUUCAUGGUAUCCGAGUGAUCUCUAUGUUCUGGAUCAUCUACAUUCAUGCAAAUGAACAAGCAUAUCGUUCAUUUAAGCCAAUUGAAAAUAUGAAGGAAGCGGAAAGCAUCCAGCGACGAUUCACGAAUAUGAUUUCCCCCAAUGGAGCCUACGGAGUAGACACAUUUUUCCUCUUGAGCGGCUUGCUCGUUAUGUAUGUUAACAUUAAGAAGCAGGAGAGUAAUCCUGGACGAACGAAUUGGUUCAAAUACUAUUUUCACCGGUUUUGGAGGCUCACACCAACUUAUAUGUUUUUUUUACUUUUUGUCGCAAAACUGGUGCCAUUUUGUGGUGCUGGUCCUAUUUGGUUUUCACUGGUCAAUGAAAGUUCAGCAUGUUCAAGAAAUUGGUGGAUAAGCUUACUGUACAUCAAUAAUUUUCAUAAAGUUGAGUUUGAUGAGCUUUGCAUGGGACAUACGUGGUAUCUGGCAGCCGAUAUGCAAUUCUUUGUUAUAUCUCCAAUCUUUCUUGUAAUUGCGAAAAGAUACAAACUUCGUCCGCUUAUCUGCGUGGUUGGUGUUGUUCUUCUGGCGAGUAUUAUCACAACAGCCUCCUUAAUUGCAGAUGAAGACCUUCGUGUAUUAUUUUCAGCCAACAUACGAAUGAAAGGGAGUCAAUCCCUGGUGAAGGAAGGUUUGAAAUACUACAAAGAUGCAUACAUAAAACCGUAUUGCAGAAUCCCGCCGUAUGUGAUUGGAAUGGUCAUGGGGUAUUUCAUCUACAAGUAUUUUUCAACGAAAUUUCAGCUAAAGCGGAAAUUUAUCGCAAUUUUGUGGAUACUGGCUGUAUGUGUUGCACUCGCUGUUAUAUACGCCCCAUACAGCGCAGUCAAAGAAAAUCCUCGAAUUUGGUCCAAGGGAGAAAAUGUUGUUUAUGGAUCAUUGAGGUGGACCAUCUGGAGUUUUUGCAUUAGUUGGCUAAUUUUUUCUUGUCAUUACAAUUAUGCAGGUCCAGUUAAAAUACUCCUCGCCGCAAAGUUCUGGAUACCAUUAAGUCGGAUAAAUUAUGCUGCAUUUAUUGUACAUUUUACAGUUUUGAAGGUUUUUUCGCAUAACAUUGAAGUUCCGAUUCAUUACACAGUAUUUUCAUUGGUCUCCAGUUACCUUACUGCAUUGGUAUUGUCUUAUGCAAUCGCCUUCAUUGUCGCUGUUGUAGUGGAACUUCCUUGCGCAAACCUUGAAGCCCUGGUCUGGAAGAAAAGAAAGUAAUCCUGAUAAUUGGCUAACAAUGUAUUAAUUUAGCGAUGAAUACAAUAAACGCAUAUACAUAUACCACUAAUAUUCCAGCUGACAACCGGAAUGGCACAUAACGUGUUCUGUGUUAACCACGUAUUUUAUUCCGAAAACACUUUUGACUAUUAUAAUUACGUGUACCUGUGGGUACAACCGAACAACUUUUCUUCGCAGCUUAGUAGGUUAGACCACGCGCAACUGUCAAGUAUGAGGCACAGUUUUCAAUUGGCUGUCAGUGCUUGUGGCGGCAAACAACGACCAUGUGAAGUUUUUCGAAGUUUCUCAUCCUAAUCCGUCCUAACCAUAACAUUCUUUGGCAAUAAUUGAUUGAGAGUGACGUUCAAUGAAUGCUGUUCCACAUCGUCGAAAUACACUUUUUGUCGUCGUGAAAAACAGCAUAUAAUAAUAAGAUUUCCUUCUCUUCUUUCACUCAUUUACGGUGGUUUGGAAGGGCCAUCAGUCUUCUCUCCAUUUUCUUGCCGCGCUACUUAUUACCCUGCCACUUAUUAGCAGCUCGUCCUGUUAACGUUAUCCCGCCAGUUACGACGCCACCGUUACGACGCCACUUACGUAUUGGUUAGUAACCCCCAUACAUAACUAAAUAUGGCUAACAAAAGUAACAAAACCUUGACAAAACGUGACUGAAGCGGAUUAUUCUUCCAAAAUAACAACUUAUCCGCGUUUUCUACUUUAUUCGCAAGAAUUUACCCGCGUUUUCUACCAUUACCCGCAAGAAUCUAUCCGCAUCUGCGUUCUCUACCAUACCUUUCUGCGAUGAAUUCUCAUCAAGAUAUAUAGCAUGUCUCUGUAAAGGAACUGUAUACUUUCAAGGCAUAACAUGAACUCUUUUUGUCAAUUUUAAACUUAGUUAACGCCGCGUAAUUAUUUCAGAAUAUUUCCCUUUGUUGUAGUUUUUGAUACAUUUCAGUGAAUUUUGGUUUUGAUUUAUGUGUUUAAACUGUGUAGAUGGAUAUGGCUGCGAUAAAAAAACCCAGAUGAAAAUAUUUUUCGAUAAGCUCGACUAAGUUCCUCUCCUCUAUUAAGUGCAGGAUUAUAAGAAUUGGGGUCAACAGCGAUAGUUAAGUGUAACACGAUGCAGAAUAUAAUACAACCAUACAUUUUUUUUGCUUGAAACAUUAAACUGUUUUUGACUUUGUAUGUUACAGUACCAGAAGCAGCAUAAUUAAGAACUGGCGUCGUAAGUGGCGUCGUAACUCGUAAGUGGCGUCUUAAGUGGCGCCAUAAGUGGCGUCCUAAGUGGCG